ACCGGUACUAAAAUAAUUCAGCGCUAAACUGCUAUUAGCGUUAGCUAACCAAUAAUGAACCACUUGUUAGCUUGUAGCUAUAUGUUGGUCAGGACCAGGUGCUCCUAGUGGACCAGGAGAGAAAAAAUAAAAGGAGUAGAUGAAGAGGGGAUGUGUGAGAGGCAGCAGAGCCUGAUGCAGCAGGUGCUCGCUCACAGGAAGGAGGGUGAUGGAGACGCCCUGAGCUGCAGCACUGACAGGUGGUCCCCUCCCUCCACACUGCUCUGUGGCUCAAACUACUCAUGUGACUUCGAAGAGCAGGCUGACUCGCUUACAUACAAAACCCAGGAAGUCAAGACACCAAAUGAACAUGGUAGAAAAAUAGGUAACAAAGAGACCCACAAGAAGAAGACAAACCAGAAUGCAAACCGCCACGUCCCGAAGCUGCCCCCGAUCAAGCCCCCCCAAGUUUCUAAGCCUAGCAUCCUGUCGGCAAGCUCCACCUGCAUCAGGGACCUGAAGAGCCGAGUGGUGGAUCUGCAGCAGCAGCUGAGCGAAGCCCAGACAGAGAUCAAGCUGCUGAAGAGCCUCCAGCACCGCCACACGGUGGCACUGCAGCACUUCCAGGAGUCUGAAAGCAGCAUCUCACAGAUCCUCGCCAAGCACAGCAACGAGACCCGGGUUCUGCAGCGGCUGCUCAGUGAGACCCGUCUCUGCCGUGACAGUCUGGCCAGGCAGCUUCAGAGCACAGAGAGUAAUCUGCGCAGCACAAAGGCCAGUCUGCAACACCUGCAGCUGCUCAGCCAGGACCACAGCCUGCUGCACAGAGAGGAGCUCUCCCUCAGGCUGGACAGGGCCUCUGCACAGCUGGAGUGCAAGGACCGGAGGAUACAGGACUUGGAGAAGAACCUUGAGUUGAGCCAGGCCUCAUUUAACCGCCAAAUAUUCGCCCAACAAAGAAAGAUCAAUGAGGCCAGGAAGAUUACCGGCUACCUGCAAGAGCAAAUAUAUCACAUGAACAAAGAGAUCCAGGAUAGAGAGAGAGAACUGGAAACACACAAUAUUUACUCCCAAAGAUUCCUAAAAGGAUCUGCAAAAAAAGGAAAACAAACCCAACAAAGUAUCUUUUCUUUUACAGGCAGCAAAAGUAAGAUGGUUCAGACGGAUCCAUUAGUCCAUCUCUCUUAUGAUGCCGCAAGUCUUUUGGAAUUAAAAUAUCCAGAAAAGCUGGAGGAGCAGGAGAGCUCUGUGAACCAGGGUCCUUACAAUCCAGUGGAGGAGUCUUUGGCUAUAAACAAUCCAGAGACAGGUGUUUCCGCAGAUCUCAUGUUAGAAGAGAAUCACCAAGAGGAAACUGAAACAUGUGCAGAAAAUCCAAAGACAGAGGGUUCUGCAAAUGUCACGAUAGAAGAGAAUCACAAAGAGGAAUGUGAGACAUGUGCAGAAAAUCAAAAGUCAGAGUGUUCUGAAAAUGUCACAAUAGAGGAGAAUCACCCAGAAGAAUGUGAGACAGAUGAGCAGAGUAGUUCAGAUGAGGGCACAGAAUAUCAAUCUGAGGGAGACUAUGCCGAAGAAGAGGAGGAUCCAGAGGCCCUUGAGGCUUCAGCAGAGGAGCGGAAAACAGAGGACGAGACAUCCUAUAUUCUGGAAAAAUCUCUGAAAGCUAAUGGACCUGACAGACAAAGAUACAAGCUCCCGAAAAUCAGACGCAACUACACUUUUAAACAAAGUAUUGAGAACAUGCACAGUGGAAAACCGGCGUACAGCAUCUUCAGUGCCUAUCAGAGCGCCAAGAGCCCGAUGAAGGUGGACACCCUCAGCGGCGAUGGGGUUCAUGAACUCUGUCUACAUGCUAGGAAAUCCAGGAAGGGUGGAGCAGGCAUCCCUCAGGGCAAGUAGAGGGCAGUUUAAAACAGAAUGCACAGGCACAUCAGGAGCACUUCAGUCCACGUGAAGCCACUGAUUUUGGGAUUAAAAAAUGUAAGAUCCACUUAAACUGUACAGCUGACUUUCCUCUAUUGAGACAGCAGAUUCUCUUAUACUGAAGUAUUUCUCUGAAUA